CGUCGAGUCCCGUAUUUUCGAUCGCAUAUCGGACGCGGAUAAUGCAAUAAAAAUGGCGACAACAGGUGAACCACGGACGACGGCCUCUCGGUCUUUAGAAUCUACCUCGCCAACAGCCAAAUCCCACCAGCCCAUUGAAGGAAGGAGGGUAUCCAUGGAAGCCAAGGUAUCGGACGACAAGAAACAGAAGAGGAAUAUUCACGUCACAGCUAAAUACAACAGAAAGCAGAUGAGAAUGCGUCUCAACAUCGAGGAAUGGAUGGACGGUCAACUCAGGCAGCUGUACGAAUGCGAGGAAGAUGAAGACUAUCCAGUUGAAAUUGACAUCGAUGCUCUCCUAGAAACAAAUGUAGAUGAAGAACGUGUUAAGUUUGUAGAAGAUAUUCUCAGCGAUGUAAGACAACCUAAAGAGACAUUCAUCCGAGAAUUAUUACAAAAAAUUGAGGUGUUGAGUUGAAAUACCACAGUCCUUCCCCUCGGCAGCAAAGUUCCGUGCAGCCUGUUUUCAAGUGCACUAAGAUGG